UUAUCCAUAUUCAUAAAUACUAUAUAAAUUGGUAUAAAAAGGCAGACACAACACAAUGUUCUUAUUGCGUCGUCUUAACCGGCAGUUAUAUCCCAAACAAUUGCAAUUUUUGAAAAUGUCACAGAUCGGCGAACUCGGUAGUGGAGCUGGCAAGGGUGGUGGGGGCGGCGGAUCCAUUCGUGAAGCCGGUGGCUCCCUUGGCAAAAUGGAGGCUGCCCGUGAAGAAGAGUUCUUUUACAAGCAGCAAAAGGAACAGUUGAAGAAUCUGAAAACAAAAACGGAUCAAAAGGCCCCAGAGACUGAAAAGAAAUGAAUUACAAAUUCAAACAGUUAAGAUUUUAUAUUGAUUGAUACUUACAUAUACGAAUUUAGUUAAAAGAAAAAAGUGAGUUUAAAUGGUGACAAUUUUUUAAUCCUUUUCUUGAUUACCAGGCCAAUUGUAGCAUAAAUUAUAGUAGUCACCUACAUAUGUAUUUUGAAUAAACCACGCUCGUAUAACGUC